UUCCUCAUUUUAAUUUCCUCGUUGGUUCUAGUCUGAUUCAGUACUGCAAUGGUUCAUAUAAUAAUUUCAGCACUGGUGAUCUGUGGCACGGGCUUGCUUACAGCUGUUAAAGCGUCUCAGAUAGACAAUCUAUCAGCUCAACCAGGAGAGAAUGUCACUAUUUGGUGUCAACACAACUCAAACGUUGGAAAGAAUAUACACUGGUUCAAGCAAACAAAGAGUUCUGUACCUAAUGCCAUUGUAUACACAUUGAAAAGCUACCAGCUUAAAGAACUACAUAGUACUUAUUUAAAUGGUUUUCAACAAGAUCAUCUGCUGAUGUCUCUGAACUCCAAAAACACCUCCCUACGAAUUUUAAAUGUGGACUUUUCUGAUUCUGGUCUGUACUUCUGUGGCUGGAGCUCUUUGAUUAUGACAUUUGGUGAUGGAACACAGCUAGACAUUAAAGAGAGGAGUGAUACACCACAGCAAAAUAAAACAGAAAAUACAAAUAAAGAUCCGAACAAGAGCACGAUUUCUACAAAAGACUGUUCUGAAAAUAUCUUUUAUAAGCUGACCUUUAUUUUUGGUAGCAUUAUUGGUAUUCUUACCAUCAUUCUGCUCACCACGCUCAUCAUUAAGAUACAGGACAGAAGCACACAUGCCGCUGAUGCUGAUGGCCAUGAAACACAACAUCAUGAGGAGCCUUAUUCAUCAGUGUAUGCUGCUCUACAGUUCUCAAAACACAAAUCCAGAAGAGCAGCCAGAAAUCCAGAGGAUACAGAUGUUGUGUAUUCUGCCACUAGAUAGUCCAACAAUGGCACACAGUCAAAUACUGUAGAUUACUCUAAUGUUAAAAAGCCAUAAACUCAU